AUGGAUGUUGGAGCAGCUCAACUGUUAGCAACGGGCCAGCCUGCUGGGGCCGAAAUUGAUAUCAAAAACGCCAUCAUUGGGAUUGCUGUGGGCUUCACCACAUCGGCCAGCUUCCUGGCCCUGAAGAUCUGCAUGAUCAGGAAGCACUUGUUUGAUAAUGAUUCCUCCGAACAGAGAAGCACUAACGUGGGCUUCAAUGACAGCAUCAAGCUAAAGAAGAGAACUCCAAGGUGUCAUCUGAGUGGGGAGCCCACAGGGUAUGGCAGCCAGAGGGAGCCUGGGUUCCCUUCUCCACACUCACCUGCUCAGGUCAUUGCAAACUCUUCGAAUACAGAAAGUGACACUUUCCCCUCAAUAUGCUUAUUAACCUUGGGGAAUGACUUCUUCCCUUUUUGUCACCAAAGUGGAUGA